CCUAAUAUCAACAGCAAUGGCAGCAUUUGCCUGGACAUCCUGAGGUCACAGUGGUCCCCAGCACUGACUGUGUCUAAAGGGCUUCUCUGCCUAGCCCUCGCCAUCCUGGAACUUGCGCUGUACACCGGGCUAGGCUGGGGUUGAAGGCGUAGCCAUCAUGUCCGACUAUCAGAUGAAAUUUCCGAGGCGCCUGCGCGCAUACAGCUUGCUCUUAAACAAAAUACAUUAACUAAUGAGAGACGAACCAGCGUGAAGCUCUAAAUCGAGCCCACGCCCUGCAGAUGCGGACGAACGAGGACCUACGGGCAGGCCCGCCUCUCGUGGAUCUUCAUUCACCAGCACCCCGCCUCAACUUUACCCUCAGCCUAGCUCGCCUUCUCUCCACUUCCGCUUCCGGCCUCUUGGGCGCGGCUUCUGCACGUCAGAGGCGAGGCUUCCGGCCUCCGGGGCGGGGCUUCCGGCCGUCACUGGAGGCCGGCAGAAAGCUGAAGCUGCUGCAUCGCGGGGACCGUGGGGCGUGCCAUGGCGGUGAACCUGAGCCGGAACGGGCCGGCGCUGCAGGAGGCCUACGUGCGCGUAGUCACCGAGAAAUCCCCGACCGACUGGGCUCUUUUUACCUAUGAAGGCAACAGCAAUGACAUCCGUGUGGCUGGCACAGGAGAGGGAGGCCUGGAGGAGCUGGUGGAAGAGCUCAACAGCGGGAAGGUGAUGUACGCCUUCUGCAGGGUGAAGGACCCCAACUCCGGCCUGCCCAAGUUUGUCCUCAUCAACUGGACAGGAGAGGGUGUGAAUGAUGUGCGGAAAGGAGCAUGUGCCAACCACGUCAGCACCAUGGCCAACUUCCUGAAGGGUGCCCACGUGACCAUCAAUGCCCGGGCCGAGGAGGAUGUGGAGCCUGAGUGCAUCAUGGAGAAGGUUGCCAAGGCCUCUGGGGCCAACUACAGCUUCCAUAAGGAAAGCACCUCCUUCCAGGAUGUAGGGCCGCAGGCCCCAGUGGGCUCUGUGUACCAGAAGACCAAUGCCAUAUCUGAGAUCAAGAGAGUCGGCAAGGAUAACUUCUGGGCCAAAGCUGAGAAGGAAGAAGAGAACCGCCGCCUGGAGGAGAAGCGGCGUGCCGAAGAGGAGCGGCAGCGGUUGGAGGAGGAGCGACGAGAGCGGGAGCUGCAGGAGGCUGCCCGACGUGAGCAGCGCUACCAGGAACAGCACAGAUCAGCUGGAGCCCCGAGCCCUUCCAGCAGGACAGGUGAGCCAGAGCAGGAAGCCGUUUCAAGGACCAGACAGGAGUGGGAGUCUGCUGGGCAGCAGGCCCCACACCCACGAGAGAUUUUCAAGCAGAAGGAAAGGGCAAUGUCCACCACCUCUGUCACCAGCUCGCAGCCGGGCAAGCUGAGGAGCCCCUUCCUGCAGAAGCAACUCACUCAACCAGAAACCUCCUACGGCCGAGAGCCCACAGCUCCUGUCUCCCGGCCUGCAGCAGGUGUCUGUGAGGAGCCAGCGCCUAGCACUCUGUCUUCUGCCCAGACAGAAGAAGAACCUACAUAUGAAGUACCCCCAGAGCAGGACACCCUCUAUGAGGAACCACCACUGGUACAGCAGCAAGGGGCUGGCUCCGAACACAUUGACAACUACAUGCAGAGCCAGGGCUUCAGUGGACAAGGGCUGUGCGCCCGGGCCUUGUAUGACUACCAGGCAGCUGAUGACACCGAGAUCUCCUUUGACCCUGAGAACCUAAUCACAGGCAUCGAGGUGAUUGACGAAGGCUGGUGGCGAGGCUAUGGGCCUGACGGCCACUUUGGCAUGUUUCCUGCCAACUACGUGGAGCUCAUAGAGUGAGGCCGAGACCUGGCGUCCUUCUCCACCACAAGUGGAUUCCUUGUCGCCUAAGGAGGAGGCCAAAGAAUUAAUAUUUGGCACUCUUCCAGGAAUGGGACUUGAGUGAGGACAAGACUUCCUCUGCCUUGAGUGCUCCUGUUACCCCAGAUGUAGCAGUGUCCCACUGCCCCCCGCCCCCCCAAAUGCUUACCGCAGCCUCUAGGCCCUCUCCAGCCUUACACUUGACCCCAGUGGGGAUGGCAUAUUGAGCCAAGGUGAACCAGUGACCAGCUCUGAUGACCUCUGUCCAGGGACAGCAGCACUGAGACGUUGGACUCAGAGCAGGCAUAUCUGGGGCCACAGUGUACUCUUGCCUUUCUUUCUGGGUGGCUUCUAAGGGUGGUAGCUGCAGCUGUUUAGAAAGGCCCUUGGGAAUUGUGAACUUAAAAGAGAAUUGCUUUUAGCAAAAUCUUGACCAAAGUCAGACUAGCCCGUGAGUUUUGAGACAGCAGGGAUGUUUUCUCACAGGAGGCUUCUCCACCUUGUUUCUCUCCGUGUCUGCUGUGGAAGGAGGGAUGGGACGACCAAGCUUCCAUCUCUGGGAAUGUGCACAUUCAAAGACGUCAUGUGGUUCAUCUAUUGCGUGCUAUACCCUGGCUCAGCCCAUCCAUGUCUGAUAAACGAAUCUAAGCAGUGCGGUGAGGCCCACAGCCCAUCUGCCCCGCUUGUGACCUGAAUGGGGGAGAAAUCCAAGCUUAGGCUCUGUAUUUGCAUCGUACCUGAGUGUGUACAUGUGUGUGUUCACAUAUGUGCCCUCAGACUCUGUUUAGCCUCCUACAGGAAGUAUAAGUGAGCAGACAUGAUGGUGCAUGCCUGCAAUCUCAGCAUCACAGGGAGGCAGAGGCAGGUGGAUCCCUGAGUUCAAGGCCAUGAGCCUAGCCUGGUGUUCACAGUUCCUGGACAGCCGGGGUUAACUGGUGUAUAAAUGAUAUAACUGA